AAUUCAUUCAAUUCUGUAACAUUCCAAGGGCCAGAUUUAGUUUCCCACAAAUACGCACUCCUAGUUUAAACGAUUUCCGAUAUUGUCUCCCUAAAAUAUGAAUCUCUCUCCCUAGGAUGGGAAUCUGAGAAUGGGGUUAGUACAAUUGGAACUCUUUGAAACAAAGAGUUGUAGCAAAUUACUGGAGAUUUCUCUUUGAAACAAAGAAUUCUAGCAAAUCAAUUUCUUUUUAAAACAAAGAAUUCUAGCGAGUCAGUGGAGAUUUCUGUGAAACAAAGAAUUCGUUUGAAACGAAUUAUGUUUUGCAGACUGUCUUGUUUUAGAUCCCAUGAUUAAAAUCCCUUUUCACAGGUGAUCGGAGGGACAAAAGAUAUUUCUUUGUCAGAUCUUCUGAGGCUAACAAACUCAACAUAAUCAGCAACAGUGGUGGCGAAUGUGGUGGUUAUUGGGAGGCCAUCGGCACAGAAGAAGAUAUUGAAGUAGUUCAUAAAGGCAAACAAGUGCGUGCAAUGAAGAGAUUGCUGGUUUUCUACAGAGAGACAGACUUACCAACUCCUUGGAUCAUGCACGAGUAUCACCUUGUACACUCUGAUGACAGCAUCCCCAAUUCUACCAAGAAAUAUUCCAGAGCAAAAGAUGAUUUUGGGUGGUUUGUGUCAUACGUGAGAAAAAACAGUGAUAGUGACAGUGAUCGUGAUAGUGAGGAAAUGUGGGUGAGUGGGCCUUGUGUUAUGGAUUUAACAUCCGAAGAAGACAACUCAGAGCUUCCUCAACCUUCCGCUUCCUCUUCCUCUUCUUCAUGUUCAAGUGGUAUCAAGCAGCCCCAUCCUAAAGAAUCCGAUCAGGAAGUCGGCAGUUACUGUGUUUGUUGAGCCCUCCUCCAUCAUAUCAUAUCAUGCAUGGUUUGUUUAGUCCUGGGCAAAUUUUUAUUCAGAAUGUUUCCUAUCUAAUAAAUCAGCAACAAAGAAUGUAUUGAGUUUGAUUGAUUACUUCUCUAUUUAAUAUUGAGUAGAAUCCACAUUUUCUUCUUGUAUUAAAAUUCCGUAUCUUUAAAAGUUGAUAAUUUUAAAGAAACCAUAACACAAGCAAACAAAACCUUUCUUUUUUUUGACCUUUCUUUUUCAUCAGACUAAUUUUGAUUUUGUGUGUUGUGGGAGAGAUAAAGAUGCAAAGACUGAUAAAAGAAAAAGAGUACAAAAAAAAAAGGGAGAGAGGUGUAUGCUACAUAUCGCAAUAGUAUAGGCAAGAACACGACGAUUGUCUGGAGGAUCUGCAUGCGAUGGCUAACAACCCCUGUGCAUCUGUCUUCCAAUUUAAUGAAAUCUGCAUGAUUUUCUAUUGCACAGGGCAGAUGUAAGGCUGAGCUUGAGCCGACUCCAAAAAUUUUAAAAAAAAAAAAAAAAAAAAAAAAAAAAAAAAUUUACUAUACUAACUUUAGCGCAGGUCAAAAAAAAUUUAUUACUACAUAAUAAAAUUGGCCCAUCCAAUUAGGCCCAAGUGAAGUCAGCCACCAAGAAUCCAGCUUCAAUAUUUUGACAUUUUCAAAAGCCGACAAUAAUCUAGAAUCUUCUAUGCCGUUCAGAUCUUAGAUCACGGGAGUCCAUAUGAUCUUGGUCAUGGUAC